UUCAAUUUCACGUUCGAGUAGUUCUUGGAACACACAACAACAAAUGAAAUUUCUAGUCUUGGAUCUCUGAUGCCAAGAUGGUCAUGUCACGACCCUCUCGUGAGGUAAAUCAUGAGUAGCUUUGACGACGGGCGUCUUCCAUUUACGGCGGCAAGGCGGGAAAAAGUUCAAGCACCAUGGUAUGACCUGCUCAAACGUUACAAUCUCAAACGUUGCAAUAGAAUCUGGGAUUUAUCUUGCAUGAUGAGCAUGACAGACUCGCGGAGCGUUCCACUUUCUGCAACACAAAUUUCGCCAGAUUAUAGUGCGGUUUGGAGCUCCGAAACUUGUCAUGCGAAAUCCUGUGGGAAGAGCCUAGAUCAUGCACUCUUGCAUCACAGAUUUCCAUAUUCUAUUGUAACGUUUGAGAUUGUAACACCUGAGCGGGUCAUACAUGGCAUGUUGUGCAUGUCUUUUCCCGAAGGACGUGCGAGAUAUCAAAAUGAAAAAUCCCCCCACCCCAUAUCAAAACGAAGUUUGUGAUGCUGGAUUUGCGUACACAUAUCAGAUUUGUCUUGCUGGAGACGACUGUAGGCCCAUACCAAGCCUGAGCAGAGAGGUUUUGGGCUAGGCUCUUAGCAUGAGAAACGUCUGCGCUGUAGGCCCAACGGCGUCACAAAUCGCCUGCAUAAAGCGGCGGAGCCUGUGGAGAUGCCUUCUUGCAAGACAGAGAUGAUUUGUGGUCGCAAAUCAGCAUUGCAAAUUUUCUGCUACGUACCUUUUCGAUAUGGGGAGGGGGGAUCUUUCCUCACAAUACGAGAUGUAUAUGCGUUCGAGGAGAAAAUCGGCGCGGGUGCGUUUGGCCAGGUCCGCAGGGCCCGGGCGCAUAAGACCGGGCAGCAUGUGGCUAUCAAGGUUCUUUGAUAUAGUUGUUUUAUAUGUAGUGAGGUCACGAACGUUCUAAUCUAGCGAUCUUUUUGACAUGUCUCAUGCAAAACGACCGGCAGUUUUCAAGCGCCCGGAAGUGUUUUUGAACAUAAAAAAAAUUUCAUUUAUCAAGCGGCCGGGGCUUUGAUAUCAAACAAGCCCGGUCGAAAACUAUCGAGUCGCACUGGAUAAAACGACGCAGGGGAGCCGGCAGAAGGGGCGCCCUUCCGAGGCGCCCACCGCCUUAGUUUCUGGCGAUUUGCGGCGCCCAAAAAUGGGCGCCCAAAAAGCAGCACUCCGAAAAAAACAGCGAAUCCGCAUGGUAUGGGCCUCAUUUUGCCCCACAUUCGGGCCCCGCAAAAGACGCCCUCAAAGUCCGCCACUUCAGAGGCGGACUGAAGGCCAGGAGAUGCGUCAUUUUGACAAAAAAAAAACAAAAAAAACAAAGUCCGCCAAAAGCAAGAAGCCAAUCCGCAUGCUAUGGGCCCGAUUUGGGGCUCCCAAGGGGCCGACCCUGGCGCGGGCCCUGGCGGGGCCAUAGCAUGCGGGGAAGGUGUUUCGAUUCGAAACCAAAUGGAGGCCGCCUCUGGAUUGAGAUUUUUAGCGACCGCCGUGCCGUCGUGCAUAACAUUACUCAUAACAUUACUCACGAUGCUGGCAUGGCGGGCAGAGAAGUUGCGUCCUUUUUUGGCGUGAAGACAAAAAGACCGCCAUGACCUCACUACCUCCGCGGACGCGGCUAUUAUUGGCACUCCUAGCAUACUGGAUUCGGCUUGCAAAAACAUGUUUCUUGACGCAUAUUACAUGCAAUGGCACUGCAUGGCAACGACGCCUACUCUUCUGUGGGGAACAAGAACUCGUGAUCAUGACAAUAAACUCUUUCAGAUCAUCCUGCGAUGCGAGCAGGGGGUCACGUACGAGGAGCUCAUGAUGGAGAUCGAGUGCAUGAAGCGAAUGAAGUAUCGCACGAAAAAAGUGUUUCACGGUAAGGAUUUUGCAAGUUUUGCAUUACAAGUUCGCUACACAUGACAAAGCGAAAGAGAAUUUGCCAUGCGGGAUCUGCUCUAAGGAAAAACGCGACCAGUAAUAUCCAACGUUGUGCAUGUGUAGCAAGACAAGUGCUUCUGUGUUGCAUCUUUUGCAUCGCAACUUCGCAGUGUUGAAGCACUUUUUUCUCGCGAUAUGAAGCACCCGAACGUGGUCGGUUUUCACGGCUACUAUAUGCAUUGCAAAAGUAGCGUACUACAAAUUUUGGCAAGAAGAAAAGUGGAAUUUGUAAUGCUGUUUUAACUUAGGAGAGAGAUUUGCCAUGCUAUUUAUGAAGUGGGCAACGUUACCAGUGCGAAUUUUAGGAGAAGGGGAGCAAGGUAUAACGAAGGGAAUCAAAGAGAUGAUGGAGAAGAGAAACGUGGCAGAUAUAGCGUUACUGGAGGCAAUGGGAAAAGGGACGAGCAUAAGGAUGCCAGCAGUGUCAGAUCUGAGGGCGACAGGGAUAGUACAGGACAACUCUAGAACGUAUGAGAAUUCAUGGCCGAAGGAUGGAGAGUUGGUGAAAGUGAUUGCAGCAGACGAGUUAGGGCUGACAGUAGUGAUCCGCAGAAGAAUAGUAUCAGGAAGAACGACGGGAAGAGCAUCGUGGGAGAAGGGAAUAUAUAAGAGGGCUCCAGGGCCACAGUGGUACAGUGGGGAUAUGCAUCGAUAAGGGGGGCCUCGAAGUAAAAGAAGAAGAGAGGAGGGUGGGAGAAGGAGUAGAGAUAGUGACAAGCAAGACCCUGCGCGCCAUUGAUGUGUCGGAGAUGGACAGAGGGUCACUAAUCUGGCCGAUAUAUGAUUUCGGAGAAGGGGCGCUAGGGCUGCCAGACGUAGAAGCUUGGCCAGAGAUGACAAGGACUGAGCGGCAGGACUUCAUAAUAGGAGCACUAUGCCCCGAAGAACUCAGAAAGAUAGAAGAGCCCGAAGAUAUUAAGGAGAAUAGCGACAUUAGAGGAAUAUUGAAAGAGUGGCAAGACGAGCAGGAAAGUGAGGAAGAAGCGCAUCUAGUAGAACGGAAAAAGGUGAAGCAAGCAGACGAGGACCUAAUGGGGAAGCUGCUGGAGAACGCUGCAAGAAUGAUUAAGGAGAAAGAGGAGGAUGCGCAGAAUAGAAAUGACACGAGGAGAAAUAGUAUAAGAGACACAGAAAAGGGGACAGCAUUGCAGUCGCUAUCGCUCUCGAUAGUAGAAAGAAAAGAGAAGAAGAUACUACCUGGAGAGCUGCGGGACUACACUUGGGAAGGGGAGGAGGUAGAUGGAACGGGCCAAGAAGACAAAGAAGAAGCAGGAGGAGUCGAUAAGGUAGGGGCGCAAAGGGCACAGGGUGGCGUAGGGGAGUGGAAGGAGAAAAAAACGAGGCAGAAAGUGACCGCAGAGGGAGACGGCCCAGCGAAACAGGGGACGACAACAAAAGAGGAAAAAUGGGGGGAACGGAAAGAGAGCGAAGAAGGAAGAGGGAAAAAAGAAACAAAAAAAAGCAAGCACGAAGGCAGCGCGCAACGCAGCAGGUUCUCGGCCGUCCAGCCAAAAGCCAGGGCGUCGCUAGAAAGUAAAGGCAUAAGUAUAGGAAUAACGCGGAGCAGCGCAGGGAAAGAAGCUAAAGUCACGGGAGGAAAUGAGAAGCCGGCGACUCAACGAAAAUCAAAACAAGCGGAAGCGAAAAGCACAAAGCAAAAGACAGAAGCAAAGGAGUUGGCCGAGCCAGUGCGAGCGGAAGUAGACCCCCUAACCUCAAAAGCGCCGUACUCAUUAGAAUUUUCAAAGGGAGGGCAUAAAAGAUACUCAAAGGAAGCCGGGGCAUCGCAAGACCAGAGAGCAAGUAGCGCUGCAGGACAAAGAGGGAGAGCGAGCAACAGUGAAAACGUGAGGAGAAGAAAAAGCGCCGAAGGAGAAAGAACAGAGUCCAAAAAGAGAGAAGCAGAAGGAGAAGAUACAACGCAAAGGAAAAGGCAGAAAAGCAAACAGCACGGAGAUAAUAAACAAGAAGCAGCCGAAGAGGAGGAGACGCUGGCGCAAACGAUGCAGCGGAUUAUCAGCGAACCCUUGCAGAUGGGCGCAGGAGGGAGAGCGGGAGGACGACUACAAGCGACGCAGGAUCUCUACGGUUAAACAGCUGAAAAGUCUCUAAGUCAGCUCGGGAGUCGCGUCUGAAUGUUCUACAAGUUUGAGAAAUGCACCUCGUUGGCCGUUUGAAAAACACAUCACUGCAAGACUUUGCCGGCUGCUGAAAAGUACAGCAGUCCAGUGCAGUAGAGUUCUAAAUCUGAAACAGAAACAGGAGAGCAAAAAAAAAAAAAUAAAAAAGAGAAGCCGGCGAGAAGAUUCGCGCGAAUUGGUGCGUUCGUCCCAAAGCCUCGCCAUCGCUCUCAGAGCCUUCAAAACCUGUCCAGCUAGUGGACCCAUUAAGCGGCCGACGAAAUUGAUACAACUAAGAUCAGCACGGGAGCACUCAGGCAGAUCACGAGGCAGGGUGGGGAACUUAAAGGAUCCUUAAAAAAAAAAAAAAAUAUACUAAGCAGGUAAAGACAAGAGGCUAAGAAGAUCGAGCCCAUCCAGAUAGAGAAGCCCGGAGACGAUCCAGACCCAAAAAAAAAAAAAAAUAAAAAAAAAUAAUUACGCAGGUAACGGGGCCAGGCGUUCGACUUGAAUGCGCGAAGACUCUGAACUGCGAGCCGGGAGCAGCUAGCUAGACGGGAAAGGGGCGAGUCAAAGUGGGGAAGAGACAGGAGAGGAGGCGACUAAUGGCGAAGAAGGAAGGAGGCGAGUUAGAUGGCGGCGAGUUAAAUUGAAACAGAGGCGAGGUAAAGGUGAAGAGGGGGGCGAAUUUAAUUGAAGAAGGAAGAAAAGAGGAAGGAGGGAGAUGAAGCAUUAAACAGGAGGCCAUCAGCUCGUAGUUAUAAGCUCCGCCAUUUGUAUAAGUAAGACCUUUUCUUUUAUAGUAGAUCAUGAACGGCGCGAGCACCUUUUAAACCCCCCCAGCCGUCCCAUAUUUGCAUGUGCGGGGAGUCUAAGUAACAUGGCUCGCCCGAGUCAUUGACGAACCGGGAAGAUGGGAGGUGGGGCUUACAGUCUUCAGACAGGCCAGCCGCCGUGAGGGACUACCGCCUCUGUUAUUGAGGAUAGCGUGUGUCCUCCUCGACUGAGUUGCGUGCGCGGCCCAUCCGUGUUCCGCGUAAACCUCUACAGGAGAGUGUACGCCGCGUCGAAAGGCUCCCUUCCGUACGGAGCGCCCCGAACCUUUUUUAGCGCACCUUUAUGAUGGCCUUACUGUUGAAAGGAUGGAGGGAGUUAAGUCAGUUUUUAGAACCCAGUCUGUUUAUGCUAGCAAAGGGCUAGUGCGCUGUGGACCCCCAGGAUCAGGUAGACGAGGUCCCAGACCGAAGUGGUAGGCGCUUAGGGUGAACUAUGUAUGUAGCGCUUAGGGCCCUUCCGUACGGCCAAUUUGUAUGCCCGCAACGGGGUUCGCCUAAGUCGGUCAUUUAUAUGCAAGGCGUUGGGUUACCCGGUCGGCAGAGCCGAUCCACAACGAACGAAUGUUUGCCAUUAGUACGAGUGCGAUACUUUUGCACAGCAUAUACUACACGGACGACCGGUUUAUCUACAUCUGCAUGGAAGAGUUUCUCGGCGGCGAGCUGAUGCACCGGCUCCGUAUCAGGUGCAAAUAUGUCUUGGUCUGGAAACUUGUGAUGCUGGGUGGCGUAUCAUGAGGAGGCCACAAGUGCUGGCUCAGCAUGACAAGUUUCUUAGCUUCGAGGUGUUGCCUAUUCUGCGUGACAAACUGCGUUUCUGCAUGACAGAAAAGCAAAAGUGGGGCUCUUGGGUAUUGUGCAUGACAGAUUUAAGAGUCAUGCCAGACAAGCAUGAGAAACAUGCACUCUGCCAGACCCAGACAUAUUUGCAAUGCAUACCCCGACACGCGAAGCGAAAGAUCACGGAGAAGGAGGCCGCACGGUACGUGAAGAUGAUGCUGCAGGCGCUCGCCUUAUCAUUUGUAAAAACGUCCCCACACCAGAGUCAAGAUGGGAAAUCUGCUAGACAAAUCCGCCAGCUUUGGUCGUUUGGCAUGACAAGUCUGUCCUCGUAGUUUAGUAAUCCUUUUUAGGUAGUUCAGCAGCAUCACAGAUGUAGUAUAUCAUGCUGAUUGUAGCAUCACAAAUUCGAAUUCCAAAACACGACUAGGAAAUGCCUCUCAUGGCGCUCCGCAUGACAAACUUUUUUGGCAUGCAGAUUUGCAUGACAACUCUGGGGUGGGGACGUUUUUACUCAGAAUACGCCUACCUCGCGUCGCCCGAGGUCUCGGUGGUGCACCGGGACAUAAAACCGGAAAACUUUCUGUUUCGCACGUUGGAACCCAGUAGCGACUUGGCGUUGAUCGAUUUGUACGAAAAUGGUGCACGACUCGCUCUGAUCGCCCUCAUUUGGAAGGCAGAUCCAGCAACACUGACGGCAGCAAAAGUGACAGCUCUGCAUGACAAAAAAUUCGCGUCCUGACGGAUCCUAGGUCUGUUUGGGUUUCUGUGACUUCUCUUCUCAUGCAUGGUAGUCGAGGCUGGCCUUGCAAUAAAUGAGGUGGAGGACAACUAGGAGGGUUGUGCACUGUCAUAAUUUCGGCCUCAGCACGAUAAUCGGCGAUGAGGACCAUUUGCAGACCUGUUGCGGUAUAGCUGUUUUUUUACUAGUUUUCGUACUACAGUUCUAUUUUGUAUUGCGCAAAAAUGCAAAAGACAAAGAGUUUUCGAUCGUUCCGUUCUCGCAUGUCGGGUAUGCAUGACAAAUAACAAGGUACGGUGCAGUACAUUUCCCCCGAGCAGAUUCGGGGGCGUUACCGCUUUUCCGGCGACGUAUGGGCGGUCGGUGUGGUUUGUUACCUGCUCAUGGUCGGUAAGUUUCCCUUCAAAGGGGAUACCGAUUCCAAGAUGAUGGCGUCGAUUUUGUCGAAGAAAGCGACAAUACCAGAUACCGUAAAGAUGUCGGACCAGGCGAAGGAUUUCGUGCUGAAAAUGCUGGAACCUGACGUGAAUCAGAGGCCAUCCGCCGCGGCGGCCCAGGAGCACCCGUGGUUCAGUAUGCAGAGCAACGACAUGGUGAUAGCGGCCGACGUUCUGGAAUCGGCGCACGUCCAGGUUGGUUAGUUUCUUGUGCAUUUUUGUGGUGAAUCAUUUGUCAUUCGAAAUAUUGCAACACAAACGCAUUUUAUCAUGCCAACAACUACACAACCCAAGGUGGAGAGCAGUAAGCGGGUGGUCGGUGAGGACGUAGAGGCGGAGCGAGACGCAACCUUCGAUAUGCAUUGCAAAUAUGUCCUGGUCUGGAAACUUGUGAUGCAAAGCCUUGAAUGCUGGGCGCACUGCCAGACGCAGCCGAGCAUGGCAAGUUUUUGAGCUGCUAUUUUUGUGUUUCGUUUUCCGCAUGGCAAACUGCGUUUUUGCAUGACAAGGAAGAGGCCCUUUUCCUGCUGAUGCAUCACAGAUGUACGACUCAUGCCUGACAAGCAUGACAGCCUUGCACUCUUCCAGACCCAGACACAUUUCCGUUUGAUAUUCGACCAGCAAGAGCAAAACCGACGGCUUUCCCGGAUGAGCACCUAUGCAUUGCAAAUAUGUCUGGGUCUGGAACUUGUGAUGCAGGGAAGGGAAAAAUGAGCACGCUGCAAUGCGCUGCCCAGCAUGACAAGUUUUUCCGUGGUUCUGAGUUGCGUACUCGGCAUGAGAAACUGCGUUUUUGCAUGACAGGCAAGAGGGGUUCUUCGCGGCCACGGAAUACAGAUUUCAGAGUCAUGCCAGACUAGCAUGACAAAUAUCGGAAUCUUCCAGACCCAGACAUAUUUGCAGUUGAUAGCACCGUGAGAAUGUCAAUACGGCAGUCGGUGUCCGGCACGGGCGGGGGCAGCUUACCUGGCGUGAACAACCGCACUUCGGUCAUGAGCACCGCACGCGGCGGCGCCCUGCCCGGCGGCGUGGGGCCCGUUCCAAGUACAGAUGCCGGGGAAAGAAGUAGCGCUCUGGCAAACAUGAGGCGGAGCAUACUCGGCCCGAAAACUAGCGAAACCGUCGGGAUUGUAUUUCGAUUUUUUGAAAAAUCAUCGAUUCGAUAAAUCAUCCUCGUCGUGUGUCUUUGAGUCGAUGCUUGAUGUCAUGCGCUUCUUGAAUCAGGCUACAGGUAAAAUGUUGUUGAAUGGUACAAAAAUUAAUUUAGAAAUAGCCGAGGAGAAAAUGAAAAUGUCCAGGUAAAAUCUAAAUUCCACGACACUCCGUUGAACUACGCUGCGAUGCAGUUCCGAAAAAGCAAUUCCAUUGCCAUGUGCGAACGCGACGCCAAGACACUGCUGCAGCAGGAUAGUACUAUACUUUUCUCAUUGGAUUUUUGUGUCGUGCAGACUAAGAAAAGAACUUGUUUGUAGUUUUUGUACUGCAGACAAAGCGAAAAAAUUUCUGAUUCGGCCUGCAAAAUAACACGCAGGUAAAGCCCGAGGGCGCGCCGUGAGCGUAAAUCACGCAAUGCUCCCGUCCGCAAUGCACGAGGAGAGCCAGCUAUGCAAGAAAAAAACUGUGUAAGUGUAAGUCUGUGAUGCAGAAAAUGCAAAACAGUUACACUUGUCAUGCUGGACAUGCAUCAGAAGCUCUUUUCUUACGUGUUUUCACGUACUAGGCACGCAUGACAGGCUCUCUCUGUCAUGCAGAGCAAACUUGUGAUGCCAUUCCUCCAUGAAAGUUACACUAACACAGUUUUUUUCUUGGAUACCAGCGGAAGCUCCCGAACCUGGACAAGCUGCAAUUUUCGCCGGAAAAAACGAAAUACGAUGCUGCGAAGUACAACAUUAAUUUUGACCGGAAGAAUAUGGAAGCGUCGGGUUUGAAAUCGUCAAAGUUGAAAUAGUUUGUCAUGCAUAAAAUGGAUGCCACUUGAAAUCCAGUCUUCAAGUGGCGCAUGACAAAUUUGGGUAGAACGGAAAUCCAGUUUGUCAUGCUGUUUGGGUAAGGAAGACGCCUUUUGUCAUGCUACUUUAGCAGCUCAAUGUCUACCCCUCAACAGGCUUACAAUCUGCCUCACUUGCCUACUCUGCAAGACAGGCACUUUGUGGGCUGCAUUUUAUGCAUGACAAAUCGUUUCAACUUUGACGAUUUCAAUCCUGACACUCCCAUAAAGAAGUAAAGGGACCGGCAAGAGUUGUGUGCUGUAUGUAUGACACCACUCGGGUGGAAGUAGAUCGGGAAAAUAAUCGCAAAAGAUAAAGAACCAGAGCCAUCUGGAACGAUUCAAGUUAAACAUUAGAAACAUCACAUUCUAGUAUCUCAGCUAACGCAGGAAAUGCGUUGGCAGAGACCAAUGACAGAUAGAAGAAUAGGCUGAAGUGAUAAACACUUACAAACAAAAGAACCAAGAAAAAUACGCUCCACGUAUCUAUACAACUCAAACAAGGCUGGACUACUUUGACAAUAGCUAUCGUUUCGCGAUGAAAAAUGGGCUGCAGUGUUGAUGAAAAAUCAAUUUUAUGCAUAUACCGUAGUGUACAACUAGAACUAGUGGUAUUUUUCCACGAGAAGUGACAAUUCUCGUGAGUGAGCAGGAGUAAAUCUAUUGAAAUCUUUAUACUGAGUAGUUGCGGUUUCAAUGUAGUCGCUUUUCAUCCGUUUGGGGCAAAGAGCUGCAAAAAGGAACCAGUUUGGGAGUAGUCCACUAGUGCGACAAUUUUCCUUGAGUUCUAUCGUCUCGCUUUCUACUCCGUGCUUGUGUAGUCCGGAACUGCCCCUAUUGCCGUGAGCCGGUCGUUGUAGUUCCCGCGAGGUGCUGUAAGAAGGGUCUGUACUUUUACGCCGGUGCGGCUCCUGCGCCCAACAACCAGUACGAUUCCUCGAAGCCAGUAUGAUUCGAUCAUCACUUCUCUAGUGAUUCUCAACCAGUACGAUUCGAAGCCUGUGGAAGUUUCAACCCCGUAAGAAAAAGCGAAAGAAGUGAAAUGAAAGACGAAAGUAUAAACAAAGCAAA